AUGGAGGACGAGUACGACAACGUGGAGAUCCCGUGCUACUUCAUCUGCCCCAUCUCCAUGCACCUCAUGAAGGACCCCGUCACCGUCUCCACCGGAAUCACCUACGACCGCGAAAGCAUCGAGAAGUGGCUCCACUUGUCUCGCCGGAGCAAACCCGAGCCUCUCACCUGCCCUGUCACCAAACAGGCCCUGGACGACCCGAGCCUGACUCCGAACCACACCCUCCGGCGGCUGAUCCAGGCCUGGUGCACCCUCAACUCCCUCGACAAGAUCCCCACCCCUAAGCCUCCGCUAGAGAAAUCUCAGAUCGUCAAAAUAUUGAAGGAGGGCGAGGAGUCGCCGGGAUCGAGGAUCGUCUGCCUCCGCCGGCUCAGGUCCAUCGCCGGCCGGAAUCAGAGCAGCAGCACAGAUCUCCGUGCGGCUGGGGCCGUCGAUUUUCUUCUGUCGGUUGUUGGGGGGAGGGACGAUGCCGACGAGGCGCUGGACGUGCUGCUGGAGAUGGACCUUUCGGAUUCGGAUCUGAGGGCCUUUUUCGGGUCGGAUCCGGAUGGCGGGGACCUGUUGCAGCCGUUGAUUCGUGUGUUGGGGAAUGGGGACUGCAAUAGUCGGGCUCGGGCGAUGUCUCUGUUGAAAUCGGCAUUCGAUGUGGCCGACCCCGCGCAUUUGAUCGGGGCCAGGCCUGAGGUUUUUGUUCAGACGACUCACAUUUUGCGCGACAGGAUCUCACAGCAAGCCUCGAAAGCGGCACUGAAGCUGUUGAUGGAGCUGUGCCCGUGGGGAAGGAACCGGGUGAAAGCAGUGGAGUCUGGAGCGGUUCACGCCCUUGUGGAGCUUCUUCUCGACGAGCGGGCAGCAGACAGGCGGUCGUGCGAGCUGGCACUGACUGUGCUGGACCAGCUGUGCAACUGUGCGGAGGGGCGGGCUGAGCUCCUGAGCCACGGGGCAGGGUUGGCAAUCGUGUCCAAGAAGAUCCUUAGGGUUUCACAUGCGGCCAGCGAGAAGGGGGUGAGGAUCGUGGGGUCGGUAUCGAGAUAUUCGGGUUGCUCGAGGGUACUUCAGGAAAUGUUGCAGGUUGGGGUGGUGGCCAAGCUGUGCCUUGUGCAGCAAGUCGAGGCCAACCGGAAGACGAAAGAGAGGGCAAGGGAGAUACUGAGGUUGCACUCUAGGUUUUGGAGAGGGUCAUCGUGUGUGCCUUCGCAUUUGCGCGCUUCUUAUCCAUGA